AUGCCCGAGCCAGUGGCAAUGAUGCGUCUUUCAUCUGCGACGGAGGUGACAAUCCGUCUUUUACCUGGCAACGACCGCUGUGCCGAUUGCAAGGCUAUCUUUCCUCAAUGGGCAGGCGUCUCCUUUGGCAUCUUGCUGUGUCUGACCUGUGCCGGAAAACACCGAUCGUUGGGUGUAAAGACGAGCUUUGUUAAGUCACUGGAAAUGGAUGCGUGGUCAGCGAGUGAGGUGCGUGCACUGGAACUGGGUGGCAAUGCCAAAUGGUCCGCUGUGUGUGCUGGAGCCGGAGUUGCCGACCUUUCGAUGUUGGAAAGUGAUGAGAACUCUUUGCUGACGAAGAGCUGUACUUUGUCAGCGAUGCCAGCUACGAAGGCAGAAUAUCUGAGUGAUCAUGUUGACAACACGACUGUCAAAUGCACAAUGUGCUGCAUAAUGGUUUCGUUGAACAAUCUGAAUGCGCAUUCAAAAUUGUGUUUCGUCAGCGCAUCGCGAACGGUGGGAUGGAGAAUGUAUGAACAAAAGAUUGGAGCUCCUGGUGAGCCAUUAGGCUUCACCGUGGCGAAGGCUAGUAGUGGCUAUGCAGAAGUGUGUCGAGUCAUUCCAGGUGGUGCUGCAGAACGAGCAAACGUAAUUGUUGGUAGCUUGCUGAUCGGCCUCAACGACGAGAAGAACUUGAAAUUUAACGAGGUUGUUGGUAUGCUCCCAACAUUGCCGCGGCCAAUAUUGUUCCACUUCGUCUUCCGCUCUCAGGCUGCAUUUGAAGGACCAAAGACGGUGGUUUUAUCCGUCCCGGAACCCAGAGUUGUCGAAAUUAAUAUAACACUGCAUGAUAAGGGAGGAGCUCGGCUGCUCAUUGUCUACGACUGGUUUUUACUGCGUCGUACGUAG